AUUCGAGCCCCAACCACAGCUCGCAAAACCGGGAGAUCAUCCUCAGCGUGUUCCCGGGAGGUCGAGCGCGAAGGAUGAAGCCGAGGCGAUUGAAAGGCCAUAACGGAGCGGUCACCUACUGCGUCGCCUCGCGCGCCCGCCCCGGCUUCGUCGCUUCUUCCGCCGAGGAUGGUUGUAUUUGCGGGUUCGACUUGCGCUGCAAAGAUGUUCUUCUUUUUACUAUCAAAGUCGGGGAGGACCCUAUCUCUUCUCUAUGCUUCAAAGAAGGAAAUGAAGAUGUUGUCUAUGUCUCCUCUGGAACCGGAAUUUCGUGCUUUGAUAUCCGUAUGGGAUCUCCUUGGACGCCGUUGGAGACUUACAAUUAUAACAAGGAUGAAAUAAAUCAGAUUGCUUUCAGCUCUAAGUUAGGUUUUCUUGCUGCUGCAGAUGAUAGUGGUGAUGUCAAGAUUGUUGACACGAGCCAGAAAUGCCUGUAUAAAUCGCUAAGAGCAGCUCAUACAAGUAUCUGCAGCAGUGUGCAGUACAUUCCUUGGAAACCUUGGACGGUUGUUACUGGUGGUCUCGACUCAAAGCUUGCUAUAUGGGACUUUUCUAAAGGUCGACUGCUUUAUUCUAUUGAUUAUGGGACGCCUGAAAUGGACAACAAUGUUUCUCCUGGCAAUGCGGGGCAAUGUUUCAAUCCUGCCUUUGUUCACUCAGUAGCAGUACCUGGAGUGGAUAUGUUGAGUGGCUUGUACAAAGUUUGCGCUGUUGCGAGGGGAGAUGGAGUUGUUGAUGUAAUCGAUUUGGAAUCCGAACUUGCACCUAAGAAAUCAAAGAGUUCGGUGGGUUCUCAAUUAAGAUCUAAAAGAAGUGAUAUCCCAGAUGCAAACAGUCACCCCACUGGUCAAAGUCGAGGGAAGAGGUUACAUCUCGAUUACACCUUGGGAGGCCAUACUGCCGCUGUAUCCUGUGUGACAUUCUCAGCGUUUGGUGAGAGAGGGAAAUUUCUCAUUUCAGGUGGCAAUGAUGCAACAGUGAAGCUCUGGGAUUGGUCGAAACGCUUUUCUUCUCUACAAACAAGCUGUGAUGGUGAUGUAACAUUAAAUAUUAACUUGAAGAAAAAGGUUAAUUGGAUUUGUACUUCUCCAACUGAUUCAGAAAACCUAAUUGUGUGCGACACAUCAAAAGUGCUAAAAGUUUACACUGUUCAAUAGACCGAAGAAUGCGCAGAGAUGCUCGUAAGCUUGAAGGAAAAGUUUUGACACACUGAUUUAUGGUGAUUUUCUCGGAGAGUUGAGCUACAACUGCUUCCUCCUGCAACUUGAGAAAAACACCAAGCUUCUUUCCAAGCUGAACAAAUACUUUUUGGUUCCUUCAUCGAAAGUUCACGCAUCGGAAGCAACCUGCUUGUUCUAAGUUGGCUUUUGAGUGAAAAAUGCCAAUUUUAUUAGUUUCUUUCAGUUAAGAGAUUUAUGUAUAAUCUGUAAUUUAGCCACAAACUGCCAUAUUGGAUCUUGCAUUGCUUUGAAGCACUAUUGAUGUAUAAUUAUCAUCAUCCAAAACAAGUGUUAUUGUGCACAUUA